GAACAAAUAGACCUGUUGAGCCAGUGCCAGUAAUGUGUGUCCCUUACUAUGUUUCAGGAAGUCAUUCAUGCAGCAUAUUUCCCAUAGUUCCAUUUGCAGGUUGACAGCCUCUACACGCAGGCUUCUUGUAAUGAAGUGUUUCUUUUUCUACACACAGAGUGGAUGAAUACAGCUGAAGAGAGAGGAUAGUAAGAGGCUAUGCAACAUUGGAUCUUGUUGACUCAGCCAACACAAUGUGGAAGCUUCCCUGUCCAAUGCAGUUAAAGUUAAUUUGAAGAGGACAAGCCAUUAGAGGAAUGGCAAUAUCUAAGAAUGGCUUGACCAUCUUUUCCCUUCUAUUGACACUUACUAUUUUGGAAACAGGGAACUUCAUUGAAUGUUCAAGUCUGGUUUUACCGGUACACUAUGGAGAAGAAUACUUUCUACCUCACACCAGGGAGAAAAGGAGUGCGCUGUUGGCUCCGGUUGAGUACGACGUGGAUGUGGAGCUGAAUGUUACCAACAUCGAAACGGUGGACUACCUUAGGAGCCUUCUGGACAACGGCAGCUUUACCCUGGCCUUGGGUCCCACUGUAAAUGUCACAGACAUUCACAUCACCACAGUGUGUUAUCCAAAUGGUACCAGCUUCCAGUGCAGAUGUGAGGACCAGUAUGUUUGGUCAUAUAAUAACUGUCUUACAUACGGGGCAUGUGAUGAGAUCACUGACGAAACAUGUGGGUGUAUCAACAAUAUCCCUACCAAUGGGCAAUACUGCCAGCCAAAGAAAGACUUUUCAGUGUGUCCUCGAGCAACAAUUUCACCAUCAACAGCUCCUCCAGUUCUUCAAUACAUACUUUCUGUAGAGUUGAACACCACAGAUGUUAUGCUAAUAAAUCUACUGAGGACCACUCUGAGAAGCAUCAGUUACCCCUUCAGCAUCAACAACAACAUACAAAUCUCUGAGGCCAACAUUUCUACAGUUUGCUAUCCGAGCAGUGGUGGUUACCAGUGUUUAUGUGAGGAUCAGUAUCGUUGGCCAUGUGACCAGUGUUUCCUGUAUGGAUCCUGUGAUAACAUCACUGACACAUGUGGAUGUAUCAAUGCCAUUCCUCCUGAUGGACAAUACUGCCAGCCUGCUGGUCAAUACAACUUCACAGCUUGUCCUGUGACAACACACUCUCCAACACCUACAAAUUCAACACCUGUCACUACAACUGAUUCAAACACCACAACUGCUACAACAAUUGUAACGACUCCUCCAGUUCUUUAUGAAUACAUCAUUUCUGUUGAGUUGAACACCACGAAUGUCACGGUAAUAAAUCAACUGAGGACCACUCUGAGAAGCAUCAGUUACCCCUUCAGCAUCAACAACCGCAUACAAAUCUCUGAGGCCAACAUUUCCACAGUUUGCUAUCCGAGCAGUGGUGGUUACCAGUGUUUAUGUGAGGAUCAGUAUCGUUGGCCAUGUGACCAUUGUUUCCUGUAUGGAUCCUGUGAUAACAUCACUGACACAUGUGGAUGUAUCAAUGCCAUUCCUCCUGAUGGACAAUACUGCCAGCCUGCUGGUCAAUACAACUUCACAGCUUGUCCUGUGACAACACCCUCUCCAACACCUACAAAUUCAACACCUGUCACUACAACUGAUUCAAACACCACAACUGCUACAACAAUUGUAACGACUCCUCCAGUUCUUUAUGAAUACAUCAUUUCUGUUGAGUUGAACACCACGAAUGUCACGGUAAUAAAUCAACUGAGGACCACUCUGAGAAGCAUCAGUUACCCCUUCAGCAUCAACAACCGCAUACAAAUCUCUGAGGCCAACAUUUCCACAGUUUGCUAUCCGAGCAGUGGUGGUUACCAGUGUUUAUGUGAGGAUCAGUAUCGUUGGCCAUGUGACCAUUGUUUCCUGUAUGGAUCCUGUGAUAACAUCACUCAUGACACAUGUGGAUGUAUCAAUGCCAUUCCUCCUGAUGGACAAUACUGCCAGCCUGCUAGUCAAUACAACUUUACAGCUUGUCCUGUGACAACACCCUCUCCAACACCUACAAAUUCAACACCUGUCACUACAACUGAUUCAAACACCACAACUGCUACAACAAUUGUAACGACUCCUCCAGUUCUUUAUGAAUACAUCAUUUCUGUUGAGUUGAACACCACGAAUGUCACGGUAAUAAAUCAACUGAGGACCACUCUGAGAAGCAUCAGUUACCCCUUCAGCAUCAACAACCGCAUACAAAUCUCUGAGGCCAACAUUUCCACAGUUUGCUAUCCGAGCAGUGGUGGUUACCAGUGUUUAUGUGAGGAUCAGUAUCGUUGGCCAUGUGACCAUUGUUUCCUGUAUGGAUCCUGUGAUAACAUCACUGACACAUGUGGAUGUAUCAAUGCCAUUCCUCCUGAUGGACAAUACUGCCAGCCUGCUGGUCAAUACAACUUCACAGCUUGUCCUGUGACAACACCCUCUCCAACACCUACAAAUUCAACACCUGUCACUACAACUGAUUCAAACACCACAACUGCUACAACAAUUGUAACGACUCCUCCAGUUCUUUAUGAAUACAUCAUUUCUGUUGAGUUGAACACCACGAAUGUCACGGUAAUAAAUCAACUGAGGACCACUCUGAGAAGCAUCAGUUACCCCUUCAGCAUCAACAACCGCAUACAAAUCUCUGAGGCCAACAUUUCCACAGUUUGCUAUCCGAGCAGUGGUGGUUACCAGUGUUUAUGUGAGGAUCAGUAUCGUUGGCCAUGUGACCAUUGUUUCCUGUAUGGAUCCUGUGAUAACAUCACUGACACAUGUGGAUGUAUCAAUGCCAUUCCUCCUGAUGGACAAUACUGCCAGCCUGCUGGUCAAUACAACUUCACAGCUUGUCCUGUGACAACACCCUCUCCAACACCUACAAAUUCAACACCUGUCACUACAACUGAUUCAAACACCACAACUGCUACAACAAUUGUAACGACUCCUCCAGUUCUUUAUGAAUACAUCAUUUCUGUUGAGUUGAACACCACGAAUGUCACGGUAAUAAAUCAACUGAGGACCACUCUGAGAAGCAUCAGUUACCCCUUCAGCAUCAACAACCGCAUACAAAUCUCUGAGGCCAACAUUUCCACAGUUUGCUAUCCGAGCAGUGGUGGUUACCAGUGUUUAUGUGAGGAUCAGUAUCGUUGGCCAUGUGACCAUUGUUUCCUGUAUGGAUCCUGUGAUAACAUCACUGACACAUGUGGAUGUAUCAAUGCCAUUCCUCCUGAUGGACAAUACUGCCAGCCUGCUGGUCAAUACAACUUCACAGCUUGUCCUGUGACAACACCCUCUCCAACACCUACAAAUUCAACACCUGUCACUACAACUGAUUCAAACACCACAACUGCUACAACAAUUGUAACGACUCCUCCAGUUCUUUAUGAAUACAUCAUUUCUGUUGAGUUGAACACCACGAAUGUCACGGUAAUAAAUCAACUGAGGACCACUCUGAGAAGCAUCAGUUACCCCUUCAGCAUCAACAACCGCAUACAAAUCUCUGAGGCCAACAUUUCCACAGUUUGCUAUCCGAGCAGUGGUGGUUACCAGUGUUUAUGUGAGGAUCAGUAUCGUUGGCCAUGUGACCAGUGUUUCCUGUAUGGAUCCUGUGAUAACAUCACUGACACAUGUGGAUGUAUCAAUGCCAUUCCUCCUGAUGGACAAUACUGCCAGCCUGCUGGUCAAUACAACUUCACAGCUUGUCCUGUGACAACACCCUCUCCAACACCUACAACUCCUCCAGUUCUUUAUGAAUACAUCAUUUCUGUUGAGUUGAACACCACGAAUGUCACGGUAAUAAAUCAACUGAGGACCACUCUGAGAAGCAUCAGUUACCCCUUCAGCAUCAACAACCGCAUACAAAUCUCUGAGGCCAACAUUUCCACAGUUUGCUAUCCGAGCAGUGGUGGUUACCAGUGUUUAUGUGAGGAUCAGUAUCGUUGGCCAUGUGACCAUUGUUUCCUGUAUGGAUCCUGUGAUAACAUCACUGACACAUGUGGAUGUAUCAAUGCCAUUCCUCCUGAUGGACAAUACUGCCAGCCUGCUGGUCAAUACAACUUCACAGCUUGUCCUGUGACAACACCCUCUCCAACACCUACAAAUUCAACACCUGUCACUACAACUGAUUCAAACACCACAACUGCUACAACAAUUGUAACGACUCCUCCAGUUCUUUAUGAAUACAUCAUUUCUGUUGAGUUGAACACCACGAAUGUCACGGUAAUAAAUCAACUGAGGACCACUCUGAGAAGCAUCAGUUACCCCUUCAGCAUCAACAACCGCAUACAAAUCUCUGAGGCCAACAUUUCCACAGUUUGCUAUCCGAGCAGUGGUGGUUACCAGUGUUUAUGUGAGGAUCAGUAUCGUUGGCCAUGUGACCAUUGUUUCCUGUAUGGAUCCUGUGAUAACAUCACUGACACAUGUGGAUGUAUCAAUGCCAUUCCUCCUGAUGGACAAUACUGCCAGCCUGCUGGUCAAUACAACUUCACAGCUUGUCCUGUGACAACACCCUCUCCAACACCUACAAAUUCAACACCUGUCACUACAACUGAUUCAAACACCACAACUGCUACAACAAUUGUAACGACUCCUCCAGUUCUUUAUGAAUACAUCAUUUCUGUUGAGUUGAACACCACGAAUGUCACGGUAAUAAAUCAACUGAGGACCACUCUGAGAAGCAUCAGUUACCCCUUCAGCAUCAACAACCGCAUACAAAUCUCUGAGGCCAACAUUUCCACAGUUUGCUAUCCGAGCAGUGGUGGUUACCAGUGUUUAUGUGAGGAUCAGUAUCGUUGGCCAUGUGACCAUUGUUUCCUGUAUGGAUCCUGUGAUAACAUCACUGACACAUGUGGAUGUAUCAAUGCCAUUCCUCCUGAUGGACAAUACUGCCAGCCUGCUGGUCAAUACAACUUCACAGCUUGUCCUGUGACAACACCCUCUCCAACACCUACAACUCCUCCAAUUCUAUAUGAAUACAUCAUUUCUGUUGAGUUGAACACCACAGAUGUUAUGCUAAUAAAUCAACUGAGGACGACUCUGAGAAGCAUCAGUUACCCCUUCAGCAUCAACAACCAUAUCAAAAUCUCUGAGGCCAACAUUUCUACAGUUUGCUAUCCGAGCAGUGGUGGUUACCAGUGUUUAUGUGAGGAUCAGUAUCGUUGGCCAUGUGACCAUUGUUUCCUGUAUGGAUCCUGUGAUAACAUCACUGACACAUGUGGAUGUAUCAAUGCCAUUCCUCCUGAUGGACAAUACUGCCAGCCUGCUGGUCAAUACAACUUCACAGCUUGUCCUGUGACAACACCCUCUCCAACACCUACAACUCCUCCAGUUCUUUAUGAAUACAUCAUUUCUGUUGAGUUGAACACCACGGAUGUUACGCUAAUAAAUCAACUGAGGACCACUCUGAGAAGCAUCAGUUACCCCUUCAGCAUCAACAACUGCAUACAAAUCUCUGAGGCCAACAUUUCCACAGUUUGCUAUCCGAGCAGUGGUGGUUACCAGUGUUUAUGUGAGGAUCAGUAUCGUUGGCCAUGUGACCAGUGUUUCCUGUAUGGAUCCUGUGAUAACAUCACUGAUGACACAUGUGGAUGUAUCAAUGCCAUUCCUCCUGAGGGACAAUACUGCCAGCCUGCGCAUCAAUACAACUUCACAGCUUGUCCUGCGACAACACCCUCUCCACCACCUACAAACUCAACAACAGUUGCUACAACAGGUGUGAACACAACAACAGUUACUACAACACCAACAACUGUAACAAAUUCAACACUUGACACUACUACACCCACAGAUAUACCAACAACUGCAGUUACCAAUUCAACACAAACUGGUACAACAGAUUUGAACACUACCACAGUUGAAACACCAACAACAUUUGUAACAAAUUCAACACCUAUUGCUACAACACAUCCAAACACCACAACACCCACAUCAUCACCAACAUCUGCAGUUACCAACUCAACAACAGUUGCUACAACAGUCUUCAAAGUGGAGAUGUCAAUGGAACUAGACAAGCAAUUCACAGCCACAUUAAAUGAUUCAACAAGUUCUGAAUACAAAGAUCUUAAAUCAAGGAUUGAGUCAGUGUUAAAGGAGCAGUAUAAAGGAAUCACAGGGUUUAUCGGUGUUUCUGUUAACGGAUUCAGAAAAGGAAGUAUAAUCACAGACUUUGUUGUUCAGACAACACAAGUUAAGCCGACUGAAGUGGCUGAAGCAAAUAAAAAUAUCCCUGAUGCAAUGAAGUCUAUUGCUACAGUCAUUGGUUCAGUUACUGCAGAUUACAACAGUCAAACUCCAAUCACCAUACCAGUGCUUACGUAUACUGGUACAAGCAUGACGCUGACAUGUGGGCCUCCUGACAUUAAUGUGGGACAAAUUAAUGGUUCUGAGUGGAAAUUCAAUGGAAAGAAAAUUACAGAAAGUGCAAGAAUUAAAGUAAAUACUUCUGGCAAUGUGUCUAUACUUACAGUUGACAACGUCAUUCUUGCUGAUAUUGGACUUUACGAAUGUAUUCUAAUAGGCAAAGUCAUUAAUUUCAACCAAAAAGGAGAUAUAACGAAUAAAAUCCAACAAGCUCCCAUUGUACAACUACAGAGUAUUGUUAACGUUCAUUGUAAGGGGACAGAAGGACAGAAACAACCACUUAAGUGUUGCGUGCAGUCCCAGUUUACAGUCAAGUGGUUUAGCUCAUCUAAUAUACUCUUAGAUUCCAAAAGCAUGACCAAGGGUGAAGAAACCUGCAUCACGUAUAAUUACGUGCUUGGGAAAUGCAGCGAAGGACAGCUAAUACGUUUUGUUUGUAAGGUAGAUGAUCUGAAGGAUUAUAAUAAAACAACAGAAAUGAACAUUUUCACAGAAGUUCCAAAAUGUGAUAAUUCUCAGUAUGGGACUGGACGAGUAGGCGACGAAUCAAGCAUAGGAUGUGGUGUAGGUCAGGACGGGAGCAGGACUGCGGUCUGUCAGCAAACAGGGUGGACGCUUUUGCAGGACACCUGCAUCGUAAUAGCAAUCAACAAUUUGUUAAUUGCUUCAACGAAUUUGAAUAACGAGGGAAUACCAGACUUUGUGGGGAAUCUAAAUAGCACAGUCCAAAAAGAAAAAGACAAAAUAGCAACAUCAUCUGCAACCAUAUCAGCUAUCGUUGACAUCCUAAACAACAUUGCAGAUGUUUCCACUGGUGAUGUCACUGCACCUGUCAUGGAGAAUAUACUUGAAACAGUUGAUGUCAUCAUUGGUAGUGAAUCAAGACAGUCCUGGACAUUUCUGAAUGCAAAUAGAACCAGCAAUGCCAGCUCAGCACUACUGAGUUCAAUGGAGUCCCUGUCUGAUAGGUUGGUAGGGGAGAUUGCCUUCGAGACUCCACGGAUCUUGCUCAACAGAACCACUACGUUUAACAACUCCUUUACGGCCAAUCUGAACAUUUUCAUAAAAGUUCCAAACAUCAACAGUAAUGUCUUUUUCACCACCAUCACCUUCUCCACCCUUGAUAAUGUUAUGCCAGCACGGAACUCCAGCUUUGAUGCCAUCCGCUUCAACACCACCAGCAAUUACACUGUCACAGAUAAUGCAAUAAACGCUGCUGUGGUGCUAGUCAAAACAAAUGUAACAGUUCAGAAUGUUACUCUGAGCUUCAACAAGCUUAACAGUUCCCUGUUACUAAACCCACAGUGUGUCUUCUGGAACUUCACACUCUUGAAUAAUUUGGGAGCUUGGGAUGAUGAGGGUUGUACGUUUGUUUCCGAUACAGACAACAUUGUAACCUGCAGCUGCAACCAUCUCACCUCAUUCUCAAUUCUGAUGGCAACAGACAUCCCUCCAGAACUGAGAGAAGCCUUGGAUAUAAUCACUUAUUUUGGAGUUGGGAUAUCUAUGGCAAGCUUAGUUAUGUGUCUCAUUAUUGAAGGAUACGUGUGGAAAGACGUUACUAGAAAUAGCACUUCCUUCAUGCGCCAUGUUUCCAUCAUUAACACUGCCCUGUCUCUGUUGAUUGCUGACAUCUGUUUCAUCAUCGGGGCUUCUAUUGCCAAGAACCCCCUUGAAAACCCAGGGGGGGACUAUAACGUUCCAGUAGGACCAUGCAGCACAGCAACAUUUUUUAUGCACUUUUUCUACCUUGCUCUGUUUUUUUGGAUGCUUGUGUCAGGCCUUCUGCUCUUUUACCGCACGGUCAUGGUCUUCUCCCACAUGUCCAAGUCAAUCAUGUUGGCCAUUGGCUUCUUAUUAGGCUACGUGUGCCCUCUGAUUAUAGCUGUUAUUACUGUUGCUGUCACAGCACCAGGGAAUGAAUACAUCAGGGCAGACAAUGCUUGCUGGCUCAACUGGAUUCAGACACAUGCCCUGCUGGCCUUAGUGAUACCUGCCUUGACUAUAGUUUUCAUCAACAUUAUAAUCGUGAUCGUGGUAUUAUUCAAAAUGCUGAGAAGAGGUGUAGGAGACGCCACCCAAAGAGAUGAAAAGCAAACGCUGGUGGUCAUUGUCAGGUGUUUAGCCAUUUUGACUCCUUUAUUUGGACUGACCUGGGCUUUGGGAGUGGGAACCAUGAUAUCAUCAACAAAUAAGGGAAUCCACAUUGCUUUUGCAUUCUUCAAUUCACUACAGGGUUUCUUCAUUUUAGUGUUUGGGACACUAUUCGAUUCAAAGAUCCGUUCUAUCCUCUCAAGAAAAGUACCUACACCAAGCACAGGCUCAAAUACAACAAGAAGUACAAGUGGAGGCAUUUCCUCUCCCAGUGGCCUAAACUGGAUAAAUCGACUGCGUGGAAGAAGAUAUAUCUAUCGUGUGUCAGAAGCUGCAAACUCAAGCAGCACUGGUGCAUCGGAGUCAUUUGUCAAUAUCUGAAUUCACGAAUCAAACUGUUCACAUUAAAUUUAUUUAAUUACUGAUUCAAAAGAUGUGGCAGUGAUUGUAAGAUUUUUCUGUAAAAAAUCAGAAAGUAAGUAAAAUUAAAAAGCUUACUGGGAUGAUAUUGUAAAAGCUUUUAAUUCAUUUAAAUCAGAAGAAAAUGGUGUGGUUCAAAACAAACAGCAUUACAAAAUGAUUGCAUGGUAAUGUUACUGUUCCCAUUUGUGUAAUGAGAAGCCCUAGGAAAGCAAGUGUGGCAUAUCUGAAAAAGUUCAGAUAUACUAUAUUGUGAAUGUGACUGAAAUGGUAUUUUUUUAAACGUUGCUUCAUGCAGCAUGAAGCAACUAUUUCUGAUUUUUAAAUGUGAAGUCCAUUGCUGCUUUGUUAGCCGACAACUUAAGCAACUUAUAAUUAACGAAUGUCGUAGAAGUAGAUCCUGAAUAACUCUGGAUCAAUGACUCAUGAAUCAGUGUGUAUGUAACUACACAGUACACUCAAGUACCGAAGUUAUUUAAGCCAUUCUCACUCCCAACUCGUCUAAUACGGACAUUUGGUUGGUGGCUCUCAGCGUCAGAUACUGAUGCAAAAGGCAUCCUUUACCAUCUGUAUGGGGGGCGAUGGACAUAGCAGCAGCUUGACCACGGCGCUGUGGGAUGUCGUAGUAUGAAGAGCGACAACCGUAGCGAGUAGUAU